CCCGCGUAGCUCAGUCGAAAUUUAGACAAUCACCAUGAAACACUUUGCAGUCUGCGCACUCCUCAUCCUGCCGCUGGUCAGCGGUGGAUUCGCCCCACCCACACCCACCAGGCACUUCGUGGCCUACGAGAUCCAGUCCACCAACAACAACUUGCCCCAGAUGGAAGCCAUUGUCCAGAAGAUGCAGGCCAUGCUCCAGAAAAUGAUUCCCGACAUGUCCGUCUUGGCCGACGCAGUUGUCGUGCCCGACAUGUCUGUCCAGUCGGACGCUGGAGCGCUGCCCGAUAUGUCGGUGGCCACCGAUGCCGAUGAGACCCCCAGGAGGCGCUCCGCCGAGUUCAAGGUCGCUCCGAUCGCCAAGGUCGCCGCCCCCAAGUUUGCCCACAUCCCCGACAUGUCCGUCCAGGCUGACGCCGGCUUGAUCCCCGACAUGUCCGUGGCCACCGAUGCGGAUGAGACCCCCAAGCGCGCCUCUUUUGGCCUGAAGAAGCCUCUGCUGGACAGGAUCGCCGGAGCCAUUGCCAGUGUCGAUGCUGAUCUGAUUCCGGACAUGUCCGUUGCCUCUGAUGCUGAUGUGACCCCCAGGAAGGCUAUUGCCGGCCUGAAGACUCUGCCUCAGUUGACCAAGGUCUCUGGUGGCGAGCCAGUGGAGAUUAUGACCCCCAGGAAGGCUUUUGCCGGUCCCAAAACCCUGCCCCAGUUGACCAAGGUCUCUGGAGGCGAGCCUGUUGAGUUUUUGAUCCCUCGGAAGAGCCUGCCCCAGUUGACCAAGGUCUCGGGAAGCAAGCCAGUGGAGAUCAUGCCCCAUGCCGACGCCGAUCUGAUUCCCGACAUCUCCGUUGCCUCGGAUGCCGAUGUGACCCCCAGGAAGGCCAUUGCCGGUCUCAAGGCCCUGCCCCAGUUGAUCAAGGUCUCCGGAGCCGAACCCGUGGUGCUUCCCGACAUGUCCGUGGCAUCGGAUGCUGAUGUGACCCCCAAGAAGACUAUUGCCGGUCUUAAGACCCUUCCCCAAUUGACCAAGGUCUCUGGAGCCGAGCCCGUGGAGCCUAAAGCUGAGGAGAAGGCUGCUAACCAGGUGCCCGAUAUGUCCGUCGCCAGCGACGCCAAGUUCGAUCCCCAGAUGACUCUGGCUGCUCUCUUGGCCAAGCUGCACUAAAUGAUUUAGGAUGUAUUCAACUGAGCCUGAUUAAAUCCGAAACCAUGCAUAUCUGACGGGUUGUGCGUUGUGUAUUUUUAAGUUUUUGUACGGUGGCCAGUAAUCAAUUUGAGAAGAGUAAA